AUGGAUAACAUAUCAUUUAAUGGUGAAUUUACUGGAUCUGAAAGGUCAAAAAAACGAAGAAGAAGUAAUAAUGAAAAUUCAGCAAAAGAAGGAGAAAAAGCAAUUAAUAUUCAAGUAGUUGUGCGUUGUCGUGCAAGAAUUGAACGUGAAGUCGCCGCAAAUUCUCCAAUUAUUGUUCAGGCUACUCCUCGUGAAAUUAAAGUUUGGUCUAAUCCUCAAGAUAUGAUGCCGUAUAAAACUUUUACUUUUGAUAAAGUUUUUGGUUCUGAUGCUGAUCAAAGUAAAAUUUUUGAUACUAUUGUAAUUCCAAUAUUACAUGAAGUUAAAGCUGGAUAUAAUUGUACUUUAUUCGCUUAUGGUCAAACUUCUACUGGAAAAACUUUUACUAUGGAAGGAAAACUUGACCUUUGCAAUGGUAAUAUUAGUCCUGAUGCCGGUGUUAUCCCACGUUCUUUAUAUUAUCUAUUUGAUACUUUGGAGGCUGAACAAGCUGAUUUUUCCGUUAAAAUUUCUUAUAUUGAAUUAUAUAAUGAAGAAUUAAAAGAUUUACUUUCUUCUGAUAGUGAUACUAGACAAUUAAAGAUCCUUGAUGAUGUAAAUAGAAAGUGUGUUCUUCAAGGUCACGAAGAAGUACUUAUUAAAAAUGCUGAAGAUGGAAUAAACGUUUUGAAACAGGGUUCAAUAAAACGUCAAGUUGCUCAAACAAAUUAUAAUAAGAAUUCUAGUCGUUCUCAUUCUGUAUUCCUUAUUACUGUUCAUAUUAAGGAAACUAUGCCUGAUGGUGAAGAUUUAUUAAAAGUUGGAAAAUUUAAUUUAGUUGAUUUGGCUGGUUCAGAAAAUAUUAGUAGAACUGGUGCUGAAAAUCUUCGUGCAAAAGAAGCUGGAAAAAUCAAUAGAAGCUUGUUAACAUUAGUUACAAAAAAAGCUUUAAUCAAAGAAUAUAUUGGUGAAAUUGAACGUUUGAGAGCUGAUCUAUUAGCUGCUAGAGAAAAAAAUGGAAUAUAUUUAUCACAAGAUACUUAUCAAACUCUAGUAGAUGAAAAUCAAAGUCGAAAAGAUGAAAAUGAGGAAUUGAAAAAGUUGAAUGAAAAUUUAAAGCAACAAACUGAAAAAUUUGAACAAGAAAAUUCUAUUAUUAAUAGAAAACUUUUACGGCAAAUUUCUAUUAAUAAUCAUCACCAAAAAGUAUUUCAAGAAUUUCAACAAAUGAUGUUAUCAGUAACAUCUCAAUUAGAAUAUAAAUUUAAAGAAAUAAAAUCUGUACAUAUUGGAUUUGGUGAAUUGAUAUAUAACAAAGCAAGGGAAUUUAUGGAACGACGCGAAAAUGAAAUUUCAACUGUUAUUAAAUGUAUAGAAGAACGUAUUGAUCGAUCCUUAAUACAAAAAGAUCAAAUUAUUCAAAUAUUUGAUAAUCAAGAACAAAUUGCCGUUAAUUUAAAUUCUGAACUAUCAAAAUUCCGUGAAGAAACUCUAAAACUUAUGGAUCAGAAAAGUCAAGAAUUACGAGAUAAUGCAUCCGCGACGUUCAAUACAUUUCAAAAUGAAUUGUCAAAUCAAUUCGAAAAGGUUCAAUCAUAUCAAGUGAAAUUCGGUGAAGAUUUAUCUGGUCUAAUGAAAACAACUCAAGAACAUAUUACAUCUCAAAAUCAAGCGAUCACUUCUUUCCGUAAUUUCACACGUGAAACUUCCAAUUCUCAAAUAGAUUGUAUGAUAGAACAAAAUCAUCUUUUGACACAACUUGCAGAGGAAGAUGUUCUAUUAAGAAAAUCAAUGGAAGAAGAAAUUUUAGCCAAUGUGUUAGAAACACUUAAAAAAUAUGGUGAUGCACAUUCAGCUAAAAUCAAAAAUGUCAUUAAUAACGUUCAAGAUAUAAUUCAAAAGAAUGUCGAUUCCGUUAAAUCAUUUGGUGAAGCGUGCAAUAAUGUUGUUAAUGACAUAAAUUCUGCGAACACUUCUUAUUUGACCAACUUUAAUAAUAGAUAUGAUGCUUCCAAGGAAAAUCUAUCAGCUUUAGAAAAUGAAAACCGACUAGUACGAAUUGAUGCCAUAGAAGAUAACAUAUAUACACGAUUGGAUGAAUGUAAAGAUGCACUUAGAUCAAAGAUAAUAUCGUUAGAUACAUUUGCAAGUGCCGCAGUUAAAGAGACAUCAGAAUUACAAAAACGACAUGCUCAAUCUUUCAAUUCAUUUACCACGGAUGUAACUCAAGGCUUUUCCGAAUUUCAGAAUCAAUUCCUCAUAACACGAAUGGAUUCAGAAACUAUGACAAAGAGUGUCUUUGACCUGAAUCAAGCUAAUGUGAAUACGACUAGCGGUUUAUAUAUCAAUUUUGUUAACCAAGUCCAACGGUCUCGUGAAGAAAUCAAUUCAUUAUCAGAAAAAUUUAACGAUUCUGACACUAAAAUUAGAACGCCUACAACUAAG